GCCGACUGUACCAAAAUACCCAUUCUCCUUUGCCGCGCUAAACAUUAUAAUGUAAAAUUACGUUAUUAAGUUCGAUAAUUGUCCUCACCGCCACGGAUCCUCUUCACUUCGUCAGCAGAAGCCUGGUAAGAAUUAACAGCGCAUACAUCGGAGUCGUCACUAUCCGUGUCUGAUAUUUCGAUUACAGCCGUCGAGAGCGGCCGCUUGGCGGGCGGCCGCGGCGCCUCCGAAGACGCGCUUUCGCCUUCACAAACACCAGCGUCGUCUUGCACCCCCGUGCCACUCGAAGUGGGUUUUUCAUUUUCUUUGCUUGGAGAAUUCAUUGCAAACCACUAAAACUACAUAAUACACCUAUAUUGAACUAAAAUAAAUGCGACGCCUAACCUCAAAAUUUGUUGACGUUCCAAGACGACAGAAUUGCCAACAUUGAAAAUUGAAACGUACAAUGCGUUCAUUUUUCAUUAUUUCUAGUAUUUUAAUUUAAAUAUCUCUUUCAUUAAAUCCUUUCGCUUACAAUAACAUAUAUUUUGAAAUCAAAGUAUAUAAAACCGUAAUAAAUCAAGUACAUUUAUUUGUACUAAUAAUAUUAUAGUAUGUGCAGAACUGCAGCAAAAAGUGACAUUACAAAAUAAAAACUCAUGAACAUAUUUUAACCUCAAAUCAAAAGUGGAUGUAAACAAAACAAUCUCAGUUUUUCAAAAAUGAACAACUGUAAUAAAAAUUGUGUUUCCAAAACGCCGCAACCACAGUGUCAGUAUUUUGUUAUAAGAAAGAAACGAUUAUGUCGUAUGACCGUGCGUCCAGGACGACAAUAUUGCGGAGAACACGAACCAGAGCCUAAACUUGACGAUGGACAGAUUGAUACCAGAAUCCCUUGCCCAAAUGAUCCAAAACAGUAAGUAACAAAAUACCAUAGCCUAAAUGGGGAACAAUUUAAUCUAAGUCUAUACUGUUAUCACCAGCUGAUAUUUGCUUUCCAAAUUAUUAAUUAAUAUAAAUAUAACAAUUUCCAGCACCUGUUAUGCCAGUAAGCUGGAGAAACAUUUAUCCAUAUGUAAUGCACGGCAGGGACCUUUACCACCUUAUAUAAAGCUGAAUGCAAAUGUGCCUGCAGAUAUCAAGCCCUCACCGCCAGUAUCUUUGAACCAAGUGCCCAAAGAAACAAUAGCUCUGGUUAUAGAAAAAAUCAACAAACUUUAUGACAAGUACUUAAUGGGCAACAUAGAAACUAUUGAGCAACAGGAAAUCCAUGAGGCAGUUUUGGGUGACUUCCAGGAGAGUAAUCGAACGGAGAAGUCUCGUCGUCAUUUGCGGCAAGUGUCCAGCUUGUUGCAUAUAGCUGAACGCGAGGGCCUCGUGCAACCCAACACCUGCUACGUGGAACUAGGCGCGGGGAAAGGUCAUCUGUCGUACUACUUGUGGCGGGCGUGGGGCGCGGCCGGCAGCCGCGUGCUGCUCAUAGACCGCGCCUCGCUGCGGCACAAGCGAGACAACAAGCUGAGGCCGCACGCCUCCGACACAGAUAACGGGUCGGGGGUCACGGAUGUGCCGGAAGGGGUGUACCCGGUGUGCCGCGUGCGCGCCCCCCUCGAGCACGUGGUGGUGGGGCGCACGGAGGCGGCGCGCGACUGCGACCACCUCCUCGGUCUGGCCAAACAUCUGUGCGGCGCCGCCACAGACUACGCGCUGCGCAGCCUGUUGUGUGCGCGGGUGGUGGGGCGCACGCGCGGCGCGCUGCUCGCCACGUGCUGCCACCACCGCGUGCUGCGCGCGCACAUGCUCGGCGCGCACCACCUGCAGGAGAUGGGCAUCACGUGUGAGGAGUUCGAACUGAUCGUGCGCAUGGUGUCGUGGGCGACGUGCGGCGACGGACGAGCCCGCGACCGGCGCGCCCCUCCACGCGACCACGACCACGACCGCGACCACGACCGCGACCGCGACCACGACCGCGACCAAGACCACGACAAUGAGACGCGGACAAACGACAAACACGAAACGGGAGAACCGAUCAAAGAGUCGGACGCGCCCGAGAGGACCGUACAAGAACGUGCCGAGAUCGGACGGCGCGGCAAGGCGUUGCUGGACUACGCGCGAGUGUUGGCGCUACGAGACGAGGGGUUCAAUGCCCGGUUGUGUUACUUUGUACCCACCACUGUCUCCCCAGAAAACGUCUGCAUAAUAGCAUCCAAACCCUACCGAGAUACGAAUUAGACUUUUUUAUUUUGUGCAAUAAGUAAUAUGAAAAAGUGAUUAUUUAAGAUACGUACAUGCGACCGAUUUAAUUUAUUUAUUACUAACUAUUUCUAAGGUAAAUAAAUUUUUAUUUGUAU